UGUUUGAACCUUAACCGACAACUCACUAUAAAUACCAGCCACUGCGCCACUUGAAUAUCAUAUAUUUUUCAUUUUGUUACCAACCAGACGAAUUUCAUAGUUUUAAGCUAGCAAGGAAAAUGAACGCGAAAUAUCUAACUAUUAUAUGUUUAAUAUUUAUUCAUUGCCAGACAGCGAAAUCCAACGACCCUCCCGAAAAGGAUCGAAAAGGGAAAAGUAUUGUAGUUUCGACUAGCGCACAAGAAGACAAGCAAAAAGAAAUAGACGAAUUAUGGAUAGAACUAAACACAGAACCAAAAGAAAUAGAAGCAUUAUUGGGGACGGUAGAACAGAAACAAGAAGCAAUCUGGAAGAUAGUAGAAAUAAAACAAGAAGGUCAGACAGAAAGUUACACUACCACAGACGAUCUGAUAAUAGUUUUACCUGAUCAAACAAAAAAGAUCAUCGAUUGGCUUUGUGAAAAUCAAGGAAGUGACGAAGAAUUUGGAACAUUCAUAAUAAAAAAGCCCAGAUUUAAAGCUUUAUUGCAAAGCCUUGCAACCAAGAAACGGAAGAAAGAUUUAGGAUUAUGUUCUAUUAGCACACAAGACUGGUCUUAUCUUGACAAGCCAAUAGAAAUAGAAAAACUAUGGAAAAUCUUAGAACUAAAAGACAUAGUUGAAUCAAAAGAAAAACGCCUAGGCUUUACUACCAGAACCGAAGUAAUAAAAGCAUUACCUGUUCAUACAGUUGGGGCCGUAUUCCAAUGGAUAGAAAAAAAUGCAGAAGGCAACGAAAGUGGUUCAUUUCAAAUAACAAAAGAGGAGUUUAAAGACUUAGUGCAAAGCAUUCCUUUGGAUCUUGAAACGCUAAAGGCACUAAAUAAACAUUUAGAAGAAAAUCCAUCGACCUUUGUAGAUUGAACGAUAGAUUUUGCCAUUUGCGAGUAACUGCUGCAUCGCCAAUAGCUUUGAAAAGUACAUUUAAAUUGUUUUGACAUUCAUAGUAAUAUUUUAUAAAUUUCAAUAAUAAUCACUUUUAAUGUGUUUGGAAUGUCUGUAACACAUGAUAUAAUCUAGAAUAUUAUUAUUUGUAUACAAAUCAAUCAAUAAUAUAUGUAUGAAUAAAUACCGACUUGUUAUAAUAA